AUGGUCCGGGAAUCUCUGGGCCGGCAUCACGACCGUGAGCUGAACCAUAUGGAGGAGUUCUAUCGCAGACUAGUUCUGAGUUCCCGCUACACGCGCCAAGCCCGCGAACGAUCCCGCUCUCCAUUGAGCGAAUCUGAACGCCUCGAGCGCCUGUACGGGCUCUAUGGAUCCAGCAGAAGCGUGUUCGCGUCUCAAAACGGCCAGGCUCAUAGUAUGUCGUGGUCUGGUGCUACCAGCGAUCGUCCCCUGUCUCCUCAGUUGGAAGGUUUGCAUGAGCCAGAGCCAAGCUCAGAUACCCAGGAUGCCAACGGCAGCACCCAUAGCCACCACCCGACAGGCUCCGCCUCUGUCGCCGGUGCCCACCCCGCUGGUCCCUCUACAACCGACAGUGCCGAAGGAGAAGUCCAGGGAAAUGACUUGGGCAAUGAUGCCACUCGCUCAGGCUAG